AAAAGGCCCAAAUUAACAGCGGUCACUCACCACUCUGCUCACCGGUAAUCCCCGAUUCAAUGUCGGCGUUGGAUUCCUUCUGAUGAUGCUCGCUAUUGCCGGAUGUUAGUGUGUUUCCCCGCUCUUUUCUAUCUAGUCUUUGGUCCGAAUCGAUUUGAUUUUCUUAAAAAAUGUUCGUUGAAUUUUAGGGUUCUGGAUGUGAGGGUUUUUCCUUCUUUUAUCUUUCAGGCAGAAAUUAAAUUUGUGGAUUCAGCUUAGAACAUUGUUUGCAUCAUUGAAUUUCCGUUUGUCUGUCUUGAUAGCUCGGGGGGGUCUGUUUUCAAGUUUAAUUUUUUGUUUUCAGACUGCUGUUGUUGUUAUUGAUUGCUAGAAUGUGCUUCUCCGUUGUUGUUUCCCAGCCGACAUGAACUUCCCUGCCUGAAUCCGUGGGUUUUUUCUUCCCCUUCUUUCCAAACCAGGGUUUUGACUGUCUUGUCUAUCAAGGGGAGGUUUUGAAUUACUUUUGUUUUCCAAACUUUGAUUUGUCCAAUUCACCAUGACAAAAGCUUCCUUUCUUCUUUCCAAGCUCCGCCCAACUCUUAAACUUCCUUCUUUUCUUUCCGCCUGUGGUUCUUCCUCCCGGUUGCACUCUCACUCUGUCUCCAACAAAAUCCCAUCCUGCCAUUUCCCCGGUACUGUUGCUUCUUUUUCGUCUAAUUUCGGGCGAACAAGGAGUUUUUAUUCCACAAGUUUUCUACCCACUCUGGCAAUGGUCCGACAGUCGAAGAUUACAAGGAGCUGCUUUGGAUGGAUCUUAGGUCUCCAACAAUAACCACUGCUGACAGGUUGAAGACAAUUGAGGUGAUGGAGACAAUAUUUGAAGAAUCAGAAUUAGCGGAGGCUUGUCUAUGGAUGGGGAUUAAAAUGAUCGUGGUUAAAGAUCCUAAAAAGGCAUUGUAUUUUGCUACCCGAGCUCUCAAAUAUUCUGAUUCAGGUGAGAACUAAUCCCCUGUUAAGCUUUCUAUGACUUACCGAGUGAUUGGUAGUGCAUAUGAGGGUUUGCAUAGAAUGAAUGAAGGUGUGGAGUACUAUCACAGGGCACUUGAGCUGAUGGAUAGUGUCAAGGAUGAUGAUUCUCAUGAUUUUUGGUUUGGUAUGCAUGUAAUUCGUUGGGGAUUAUAUCAAAUUAAACUAACACUUGAGAGGAGAGUGGAGGCUGUUGGUCAUCUUAGGAAGUCAUUGGAGAAAAGAGAGUCUAAGUUGGCUGAAAAUCCCAGAGAGCUAGCAUUUGUUUAUAUGGAGCUUGCGGAGCAAUAUGUCAGUGUUAAAAAUUUCAAGGAAGCGUUACCAUUUGGUUUGAAGGCCUUGGAUAUGCAUGUAAAAUUGGGUUCAAAUCCACAUAUUGUGGCGCUUGCCCGGACGUGCCUAGGUAUGAUAUAUUCUGGAUUGGGGGAACAUACAAAAGCAUCUGAGCAGCAUGAACUGUCUGAUAAGGUCUUACGUUGGGAUGGUAGUUAUGAUUCCCUCGUCGAGAAAGUUGAUGUAGCCAAAGAGCUAAUUGACGAGGGAAGAUGUGUUGAGCCCAUGGCAGCUUUGCUUGUUCCUGUAAAUAGUGCACAUCUUAUGAACCGUCCUGAAGCCAAAAAUGAUCUUGAGUUGUAGAAGAAAUUUGAGGAAGCUUGCAAGCUAUGGAAUCUGUGUAAGGAAAGAUAGGGGUGCUCAUCUCUUGAUUGCCUUGCCUUUUUAUUGGCAAAUUGCAGCUGCCUUGUUUCAAGUUGAAAAGUAAAUAUUAGUUGCCUUUUGUUUAGGUAGUUCAUUAGAGAUGCUCGGCAGAAAUAUCAAAGUUGUUGAUGUGAAUCCCAUUCCAACUUCCAAGUAGCUUUGUAGCAGAAAUGCAUAACUGGAAGGUCAAUUGUACACUGGUCUGGGUGAAUGGUGAUCUUUGAAUUUGUUCUGGUUGCAGCUUUAUUGUCUUAAUUAUGCUUGUUCUUUUAAACCACCCUUUUCACAGUUAGAUUGUUUCAAUUGUUUUAAUUCAUGAACUAGAUGCUUGGCCCGGGCGCCC